GAGUAACCGCUGGGUUCACCUGCUGUGUAUCAGAGCUCCUGUCUCCUCCUGCCUCCUCCUGUCUCCUCCUGCCAGUGGCUGCUCCUCUGACUGUCCUCUGCGUUUGUUCCAUGUCUUUGUUUGAAAGAGCAGUGAAAUAGAAACCGUCCGAUAACCGCCAAGGAAAAUGUCUGAGGUCAACAUAGCAAAGCGCAAGGAGAAGUGUGAGAACUGCACCAAACAGUGCAACAAGAAGCAGGGUGAUGAUGGCGCCAACUCACACCAGGAGAGCGAUGAAGUCAAUGGACAGGUGCAUGAAGGAUCCCAGUUGCUGCUGAGUGCCUGUCUGUCUUGUGAUGGCUGCCUAACAGAGGAGGAGAGCCUGAAGAUCUCUCAGCAGAGCCUGCAGGAAGUGGAACGGGUUCUGGCACUCAAUAAGAAGUGUGACGUGUCGAAGCACAAGGUGCUGGUAGCGUCCAUUUGUCCGCAGUCUCUGCCUUUCUUUGCUGUUAAGUUUGGUCUGGACGUCACUGAGGCCGCCCACAAGCUCUGUGGCUUCCUCAAGAGUUUAGGAGUGCAGUAUGUGUUCGACACCACUCUGGCGGCUGGCUUCAGCAUCUUAGAGAGCCAGAAGGAGUUUAUUCAGAGGUACCGAAGGAGGCACCAUGACACCCACGCCAUGCCCAUGUUCACCUCCUCCUGCCCAGGGUGGAUCCGCUAUUCAGAGCGUGUUCUGGGCAGUUUGGUCACCCCUCAUAUCUGCACAGCCAGGUCUCCUCAGCAGAUCAUGGGCUGUCUGGUUAAAGACUACUUCUCUAAACAGCAGAAGCUGAGUCCAGAGAAAGUCUACCACGUGUUGGUGGCUCCCUGCUUUGAUAAGAAACUGGAGGCUGUCAGAGAGGAGUUUUACAACAGCCUGCUAGAGACCAGAGAUGUGGACUGUGUCCUCACCUCAGGGGAGAUCUAUUGCCUGAUGGAGCAGAGGAAGGUUUCAGUGGAGGGACCGGACUCAGUUCCACUGGACCAUGUGCUGGGAGAGGCUGGAGACGUGGCGCUGGUGAGGCACGAGGGCCGAGGUUCUGAAGGCUUCCUGGAACACAUCUUCAAACAUGCAGCCAAAGAGCUCUUUGGUCUGGACGUCCAUGAGAUCACAUACAAGAACCUCAGGAACCGAGACUUCCAGGAAGUAACUCUGGAGCGGGAUGGGGAGACUCUGCUGCAGUUUGCUGCUGUCUACGGUUUCAGGAACAUCCAGACUCUGGUUCACCGGAUGAGAAAGGGGCGGGUGCCUUACCAGCUGGUGGAGGUGCUUUCCUGCCCAGGAGGGUGCUUGAGCGGUCGCGGGCAGGCGGAGAGCGAGGCGGGAGGCCGGGUGGAUAAAGCCCUAGUCCAGCAGAUGGAGGAGGCGUACAGCAGCUUGCCAGUCCGUCUCCCGGAGGUCAACCCCGCCCUGCACACCCUCUAUCAAGACUGGCUGCAGGGCCAGGACUCCUCGCAGGCCAGUGCACUCCUGCACACCCAGUACAGAAACCAGACUCAGAGCCACACGCAGCCCCCACACAUGCAGUGGUGAGGAGAAAAAGGGGUGUUUUUACUCUGAGGACAUGAUGGAAGUUGAGUGGUUGCCGCCUCUAGCAUUUAAUCUGAUUCUGCUUGGACCGUCUCAUCGAUCAUGUCGGCACCAUAAAGGACCACAGCAAUUCUUCCAUUUGGCCACAGGGGGGCGAUGUCUGUAUUUAAAACUUGUGGAUCUCCCGUGCCAAACCUGAGCCUGAGGACAAACGUGCAGUAACACACACUUUCUUAUCAUUUUAUGCAGACUGAGGCAGUGAUGUCAUUACACUGCAGAUAACGGGAACAUUACAGGAAGUCUGUAGCAAACUACGUGAACUAUUUAUGUGCAUUUACAGAGCAAUAAGCCACUGAGAAAGCGUAGAACAACUGGAGCUCAUGAAGGGAACAUGCGGAUGCUGAAUGUUGAGGAGUCCAAUAUAACCUGUCCAUUAUGAAACCUGCUUGUGUUAAAGGUUGUCUCCACUGUUCCUCCCUGAGAGACACCGGUUGAUCUCAAACACAUUGAUAACUAUGCAACAGUGCGACCGUCUUAUCUCAGCCGUCCUAGUCAAUGGAAAGUAAGGCUGCUGCUUUAUGAUUCAAAGGUUCAAAGUCUUUCUAAUAACCCGACAGUGUUGGCUUAUGUGUAACUACCAGCCCAGUGUGUGGUUGAUCCGUCCCAGUGAAGAAUCAAGAGUAAUUAUUUUUUAAAUGGUACAAGAUGCUUUCAUUUGUAUUAUCACUUUGUUCCCAUUCCACAAACUCGUCAUUUUAAGUUAUGUUGUUUUUCCUUCUUUGUUUUACGAGAUCAAACAUACAUGUUAAUGAAGCACUAAAAUCUUCUGACGAUUGAAGUGUUGUCUCAUUUCAUCGUAGAGUGUGUGUGGAUUAACCCGUCGUUCAUGAACAGAGGCAGAACCUUUGGAAAUGUGUGCUACUGCUAAUCCACAAAACAGUUUUUAAUGUUAAAACUAACUUGUCAAACGGAGGUCUGUGGAUUGUCCAGCGUGUUUUUCCAAUGCUGUGAGCUCCACUGAUGAAACUUCAUUGUGAUAUCCCAAAAUCUUAGGGAAUUUAAGCAGAACUGCUCACAUGAUGAGAUAUAAUGAAGGUUUUUUUUUUUGUUUUUUGUCAUUUGAUUGAAACCUUUUAAAAGUGUUUCAUGUGUACAGUGUGCAAACCAUAGUGCUGUACAGUUAAUUUAUUGAUGCAAAAUUAAAGUCUAAUUUAAUCGUUUUUUGUUAAUCAAACUGCUGAAAUGAUUUAUGGUGUAAGGAUGUUAAUCCCUGCUUCUCAAAUGUAAAACCUGUGCUGCUUAUAUCACUGGGAAUGGAAUAUCUUUGGAUUUUGGAAAUCAAGCAAUUUGAGGACGUCACCUUGGAUUGUUGGAAAUUUAAAUUGGCCUUUAUUUGACUAGUAAAAACAAUGUUUAUUUGUUUUGAUCCCCAUUAGCUUCCACAGAGUGGUUGUUGGUGUUACCGGGGUCCACACAAAGCAUUAAAACCACUUGUGCAACACUGGAGAAAGGUGCAAACAGCUCAUCUGGUUCUGCCAGAAAUUCUAAACUUUCCCUACCCAUCCCUCCAGUUUCCAGCUUUUUAAUCUGAGCAAAGGAAUGUAAUUCAUUGUUGUUGUGUUCAAGGAGGUGCGUGCUGUUGUUUUGGGCUAACGGCCGCAGUGUACGUUGAGUUCCUGGAGUAUGAUUCACCUUGAGGCUGGCAGAUGCCCAAAGAGACUAACAGACAUUUCCAGUGAAAAUGCUACAGAGGCCAGUACUAACUUGUUUGUAGACGUGAUGCCACCGGAUAAGCAGUGCUCACUGUCCUGUAUUAUACCUAUGACAAAAAUACACAUUUUCACCUAAGACUGGGAGUAUUAUUCCGAAGGAUAUUUGGCAUGAAUAGAUAGAUUUUGAUUUAACCGCCACAGUUAUCCAUAAUCGUCGCUGAUGCAUUGUGUUCUCAAGGAAAGAAUAAAGAAGAAUCAAUCUGGCUGCUCUGUUCUGCACGGUUUUUAUUAAUAUUUCCCAUCAGACACCAAGUGAUCAGUCUAAUCAGUACAAGAUGUAAUGCCUACUAAUGCUUUUAAUCAAUACACAAAUUGAGCUGGGUGGCUUUAGCAAGAAGAUCCCUCCACCUGAAAACAUUAGCUAUGGCAGCUAAUUUCCUCAUUCAGCCGUUCAGCUUUGGUUUUGAGAUUAAUACACAUGCACAUUCUCUUUCAGCUCUUCUCAAGAUCCAUAUGUCCUUCUUCAUGGGGUUUACCUGCUGCUCAACUCUCACCUGAACCCCCCCCCCCACCAAUUGUGUCAACAAGAAGAGUCCUAUUAACACACCAUAGUAUUUGCUCCCAACGCUCUGAACUCACCUGAAACAAAUGAUUAAUGAAAAUUAAAUUUUUAUGAGCGGUUAUAUGCACUCAAACUCAUAUUUGACCUUCUGCCCCAUUUGGAACAACAUUUUCUCCUCCUCCCUUUCACCAUCUCUGACUUUCCCUUUUUUCCUACCUCCGAGCGUCAUUCUCUUUCAUCUCUUUGUUCCUAGCAGAUGGAAAUACCCCCCAGGUGUAGUGCGUUGGUUGGCAGGUGGAUCUUUAAAAGGCAUCUUGUGUUUUUCUGGAGUCAUUCACCGAUGUUCACGUCAGACAGAAGCACUCUACGGGUUUCUGACACUGUGGAAGCUCCAGGAUGUCCUGCCUGUGGAUGUGUUUGAGUCUGCUCUACGCUGCUUCUUUUCCACAAAGCAGUGCAUCGGAGAAAGGAGUGUCACUGAUGUGCAACCAAACGGAUGUUGAACCUGGAGGAACAGUGACACUAAACUGCACUAUAAAGUUUAAGGUGGGCGACCGAUGUUCUGUUUGUGGAUAUUCCUGGAAUAACAUACACGGCAGCCUGAAUUGUACUGGUGACUCGAAAUACAAGUGUGACUGGGAUAAUCAGACCUAUGUGUCACUGACCAUCUGGAAUGUCACUAAGGAGGAAACUUACAGUGUUUCCAUACACACAAACUGUGGUAUUGAUAACUCAUCUAUCAAAGUACAACUGAACUUAAAGCCUGUUUCUGUGGGAGAAACAACAAAGCCUGAGGAGCCUGAGGAGCCUUCCAACACUCUUGUGUUAAUCGCUGUAUUGAUUGUUUUCACCGCCAUGGUUGUUUUUGGCAUUUUGUGUUUCCUGUUACGAACUGAGAGAUGCAAAAACAUAAUCAAAACCAUCAAAACGGGAAAUUCUCACGGAGCCUUCACACCGGAGAAAGAAUGCUUCACUGAAUGCUCGACGAGCUCUGAAAGUUUUGUUUAAGCAUCUGUUCUGUUCAGUUAUUCCUCUCCACAGCUGGCUGGGUUCUUUUUUUUUCUUCAUCUUUGUACAUAUUGAUAAAUGUGAAUAUGAUGAUUUGAUCUGGUUGAAGAAUACUACUCAGUUUGUGAAAACCGUUGUAUAAAGUCUUCUGGGGCUCUGAUGGCAGCUCUCUUAAUUCCAACAAUCUUUUAACAUUGUCAGGCUCACAGUGGGCAGUUUUUUUGUUUUGUUUUUUUAAUAUAAAAAUGUAUGCAACAGAACCAGAGAUAUCAUCCCACCUCAUUCCAGACAUACGUCUUCCAUGUCAAAACUUGGCAACCCACAAUGCAACUCAACCGCAGACAGUAGCCCAAUGUAGCCUCUAGUCUGUGACAGGAAGAGGAGUGGGCUACAGAGGUCUGCUAAGCUCACUCCUUUCAAACUCCAAGCCCUCAGAUUAUUUUCUUUUUCAUUUUCAAACUUGUAACUCUGAUGUGUGAAAUUGACGUAGUUCUCCUUUAAAGCAGCAACCAGGAGCUUUCAUUUUGUGGUGAAUCUUGCGGCCCCUGUGGACAAAAGAGGGUAGUGUUUCUAUCGCCUCGUUUCACUGAUUUCCAGUGGGAAUCCAACUGAAUCCGACCCAGUGGCAGGCGUUAAGAAUAACUACAUAGAAAUAACUAAUCUUCUCGCUGAUGUUCUUGUUUGUUUAUGUAGCUCAGUGGUUCUCAAACUUUUUCAUUAACGUACCCUCUUUGAAAUAUUUUUUCAGCCUAGUACCCCCUCACCAGUGCAAAAAGAGGUAUAAUACAGCGCAACCGUGUAACUAAAAAACACUUGAAUGCUAAAUUUCAAACAUUUAGAAUCCAUUACUAAAUUCAUGGGCAAACAAUGAUCUCAUUGUCUGUGGCAGGGAGGCAUCUACAGAGAUCAAACUCUUUUUGAAUAUAAAAUCUGGUUUAUCGAACAUAGUAUUGUAGUAUCAUUAUUUGGGGAAUUCUGCAUCACAAAUAUUUUUUAAAUUAACAUAAAGAAAAAGAAAAUCUCACGCAUACCCCCGUUUGAGAAACACUGAUCCGGGUCACUAAAUUAAGACUUGGAGACGACAAGAAACUGCAAUCAUUAUAACCUUAGUCUUUGAAACAUGGGCAUUUAUCAAGCAGCGGAAGACUAAUAAAAGACACUAUUGGGUUGCAUUGUGGGAAAUAAAGAGAACCGCACUGAUUUUUUAUCACUUUUUAAAAAAAUCUUACUCACAAGUCUACAACUUUAUGGGUGUGCAGUAAAAGGCCUUUCAAAGCAACUCAUUGUACAAAAAAGUAGACAGUAACUGUGAUAUUGUUGACUGUAAAAUGAAUGUUUGAUAUAAUGUGUAGGAUAUACUGGGUGUUUAGAUUAUGACUAACUGAACCAUGAGCAGGGGAACAUAUCUUUGAAUAAAGUUUUGUCACUACCAAGCGCUUACGAGUCUUUGAUCUGAUGCAGCACAGCAGCCACACAGCUGAUAAACAAGCAACAAGUAUCACACUUCCUUUUGUACAUCUCACAUCCCCUUUUAAGUUCUCAUGUGAACGUCUGUCAGUCAGUCACACUGAGGCGCCUCGGGCUGAGUCUGUGGUAGCCUGCCUGCAGCCCAGCUCACGGGAUGAAAGCCCACUGGUGGAGCUGUGUGUUGGGAUUACUCUACAUGCCUGCUGGGGUAAUACUCAGCCCCUGGACAGUUUCUCAAGAACCCAUGUCCAUCUCUCUAAUGAGAGUCAACUCAUCUGCUGAGAUCACAUGCUCCACAUCGUUGUCUAACCCGAUGGGGCUCUACCUGCGCAGGGGUUUGCAAAACAACAAGGACAUUAUAUACCUGAGCUUGGACAAGGGAAAUAUCAACAGGCAUACCACAGCUGCAGAAUUUAAAGGCCGAGUUCACAUUGCUGACGGGGAGAUCAAGGAGGGCAAAAGAUUCACCGUGCAGCUGGCUCUGCUGGCGUUGGACGACACCAACUGGUAUUACUGCAGCUGGGAAAACUUCAAUUCAGAGACGGCAGAGACACAAACCCUGUCCAGCAAUGGCACCAUUAUCAUUGUCACAGAGCGAGGUCCCCAGGAACAAUGCCAGACCCCCAUUUGGGAUCUCGUCUUAAUUGCCUUGAGUGUGAUAGCAUUCACUGUCAUAUUAUCCCUCGUCAUCGGAGCUCUGGUCAUGAGAUGCAGAUUUAGGAAGCACUUCAGGCCUGCCAGAGUUACGAGUCCACCCAGACCUCCCAGACCUCGGCGCGUCUGUCCCGAGCACCGUCCCUACUUAGUCACUUCUGUAAAUACUUUGGACUACAGAGGGAUCCUCUAAUGCGAAAGAGUCGAUGUGAUGAUGAAGAUUAAAAAAGAAAAAAUCAGUGUUGACAUGUGUAAAAUUGUAAUAGAUAAUUCAGAUGUGUUUUGAGUCAGAAGCCUAACCCCAGGCAAGGUGUCUCACUUUUUUGGUUUUUUCUCUUCUUCAUUUCCUUUUAUACAAUUUUGUGUUUUGUUGAGUUACCACAUCCUGGCUCAUGUGUAGUGUACAGGUGUGAUGGUGCAUGUGAACAGUGCCGGGGAAGAAAAACUGCAGAGCCGGCACUUUUGUUGUUCUACUGUAUGUGUUAAGUUACAUGUGGUCUUGACCUGUUGCCUUUUGUGUCCUCUUCUCAUAUGUACAUACAUUAAAAUCUAAGCUUCUGCCAA